AAAUGAGAGUUUACUGUGCAACGCUUCGUUGCCAUUUUUGGAAGGCACACAAAGAGAGGGAAGCAGAGAGAGAGAGAGAGAGAGAGAGAGAGAGAGAGCAAAGCAACGAAGAGAAUCGUCAUCAUCAUCUUUGCAACGGACUGAGAAAGAAAGAUGCAGAGAGAAACCCUAGCUUCAUCUUCAACUUCAUCGAGCAGUUACAAUAAUCCACCGCCCCAAGAUGCUUGGGUGGAUACCUACCUCAGACUACUCCCCCACUGGCAAUCGCUCACUCCCUCCAAUCAGCCCAUCAUCCCCAUUUCUAUAUCUAGAGUUAAUCAGGUUGAUGCACACAGACUCGACAUUGAAAUGUCUGCCAUGCUGAAAGAACAGUUGGUUAAUGUCUUUAGUCUGAUGAAGCCAGGAUUUUUAUUCCAAUAUGAACCAGAACUUGAUGCUUUCCUUGAGUUUCUCAUAUGGAGGUUCUCCAUUUGGGUUGAUAAGCCUACUCCAGGGAAUGCUCUUAUGAAUUUGAGGUACAGAGAUGAACGAGCAAUCGGUCUGGGAGGAAAAGUCAGAACGGGUUUGGAGGGACCUGGACUUACUGUUGGUCAGAAACUGUGGUACUGUGUUGCCACUGUUGGUGGUCAAUACAUCUGGGCUCGUUUACAAUCAUUUUCUGCCUUCCGAAGAUGGGGUGAUUCUGAGCAGAGAUCAGUGGCACGCCGAGCAUGGACUUUAAUACAGCGUAUAGAAGGAAUAUAUAAAGCUGCCUCAUUUGGCAACCUGCUUAUAUUUCUUUACACGGGAAGGUACCGGAAUCUUAUUGAGAGAGCACUAAAGGCAAGGCUCGUCUAUGGAAGUCCUCAUAUGAAUCGAAGUGUUAGCUUUGAGUACAUGAACCGCCAGUUAGUGUGGAAUGAAUUCUCGGAAAUGUUGUUGUUGCUUCUUCCUCUGCUCAACUCAUCGUCCGUUAAGAAUUUUCUUCGUCCAUUCUCAAAGGAUAAAUCUUCAAGUUCAGGGGGGGAUGAGACCCAGUGCCCCGUCUGCUUAGUCACUCCAACCGUUCCAUUUUUAGCUCUCCCCUGUCAGCACAGCUAUUGUUAUUACUGCCUUCGAACACGAUGUUCUGCAGCUCAGUCUUUCAGGUGCACCCGAUGCAACGAGCCAGUUAUUGCCAUGCAACGGCAUGGUGCUUCGAUCAACAAUAGUACUCAGAAACAAUAGAUACCACAUGAUUGGAAAUGAAAAGAAAUAGGUCUUACCCUGUUGUAUAAAAUGAUGCCAAAGUUGGCAUGACUAUUUAGUUAAGAAACUAGAGAUUCUUUUAAAAAAAAAACCAUCUAUUCUUUUCUGUAGAGUAGCUCUCAUUCUUUGGCUACUUUUAUGUAUUUCGUUCAAGGUGGCAACUUUCUGAGUGUGUUUCUUUUAACUCUUGUUGCUUUCCUUCUUUCAUGUCAGAGAUGACCUUGGCUCCUCUGAAAGUUAACUUUGACCUCUU